AAAUAUACAUAAAUAAAAUGAAACUACUGCAGACUACAACAUUGCAGUCACGCGCUUUAAAAGUCUGUCAAUAAGACAAACAAAAACGAAAAAUUCAGGGACAAGAAAACCAAGGAAAAGUAAUUAACGAAGCUCGAAAACUUUUUCUCAGUUUUGGUGGCGAUCCCAGAGGUGACCCAGUCUGCAGCUUCGCUUCAGUUUCUUUGUAUUGGACAUAAACUUUGAGAAUAUGGCUGAAGAAACCAGGAACGAUGGUUUGGUUUUCUAUGUCAACGGGAAAAAGAUAAUGGAGAAGAACCCAGACCCCGAGACUAUGCUGCUGUCUUAUCUGAGGAAGAAAUUGCAGUUGACAGGCACUAAGUACGGCUGUGGUGGAGGAGGAUGUGGAGCCUGUACCAUCAUGGUGUCCAAAUACGACCCUCAGACCAAGAGCAUCAAUCAUUCGUCGGUCAAUGCCUGUCUGCUUCCUGUGUGCCAACUUCACGGAGCAGCUGUGACGACCGUUGAAGGCAUCGGAAGCACCAAAACCAAAUUACAUCCAGUCCAGGAGCGUAUAGCAAAGGCUCAUGGGUCUCAGUGUGGGUUUUGUACUCCUGGGAUGGUGAUGUCCAUGUACACUUUACUGAGAAACAACCCUCAGCCCACCCUGGAGGACGUGACCCAGGGUCUUGCUGGUAAUUUAUGCAGAUGCACAGGGUACCGGCCCAUCGUUGAAGGCUACAGAACCUUCUGUGAGAGUGAAAACUGUUGCCAGUUAAAUGGCUCGGCAUGCAAUAUGGCAAAUGUAAAUGAAAACGGAUCUGGGGAGCCCAUAGAGAAUGGUCACCCAGAACUGUUCAGUAAACAUGACCUGCUUCCCCUCGACCCAACGCAGGAUCUGAUCUUCCCUCCUGAGCUCAUGAGAUUGGCAGAGGUCAAGGACCAAACCACUCAGAGGUUUUGUGGGGAGAGAAUGACCUGGAUCAGCCCUGGAUCUCUUGAUGAGCUGCUCCAGCUGAAGGCUGAUUACCCACAAGCCCCUCUUGUCAUGGGCAACACCAACAUAGGUCUAGAUAUGAAGUUCAAAGGUAUUUUUCAUCCUGUCAUAAUAUCACCAACGCGAGUGCCAGAACUGUUCAAGGUUACCCAGAAAUCAGAGGGUGUGUGUGUCGGAGCAGGAUGCAGUAUGUCGGUUCUGAAGAGUGUGUUGGAGAGAAGUAUAAAAGAUUUCCCACCAGAGAACACGCACAUGUUUUGGGCUUUGCUGCAGCAGAUAAAUCUUGUGGGCGGACAACAGAUCCGAAAUGUGGCUACACUGGGCGGCAAUAUUGCAAGUGCAUAUCCAAACUCUGACCUGAACCCUGUCUUAGCUGCUGGAAGAUGCACUCUAGUGGCACUUUCUAAAGAUGGAAGAAGGAGGGUGCCUAUUGACAAAGAUUUUUUCCUCGGAUUUGCAAAGACAAUUCUAAAGCCAGACGAGAUAGUGUUGUCCGUUUUCAUUCCAGCUACAAGACAGAACGAGAUCGUACAUGCCUUCCGACACGCCCCGCGUAAGGAGAACGCACUAGCUACGGUGAAUGCUGGGAUGCGCGUUUGGUUCAACGAGAACUCCAAUGUAGUGAAGGAGAUCAGUAUUUAUUACGGAGGAGUGGGAGCCACUAUCCUCAGUGCUGACAGCACAUGCCAUCGGAUUGUAGGAAGGCCUUGGGAGGAGGUGACAUUAAGUGAUGCGUACAGCACACUAGUUGAUGAGAUCAAACUUGGGCCGUCGGCUCCAGGAGGGAAAGUAGAUUUCCGCAGAUCCCUGACUUUGAGCUUGCUUUUUAAAUUCAACUUGCUCCUUCUCCAAUACCUGAAUGAAAAGGAUGUGACUCAGGGGGAAAUACCACAAAAGAUGCAGAGUGCAAUUCAACCUCUUCCUAAAAACAUCCAGCCUGGCUACCAAGAGUUUCAGAAUGUUUUAGAGGGUCAGUCGGCUCAAGAUCCGGUGGGCCGACCCAUGAUGCACCGGACAGCUCUGAGUCAAGCUACAGGAGAGGCAGUUUACUGCGAUGACCUACCGCAUACAGAUGGUGAACUUUUCCUUGUGAUCGUGACAAGCUCCAGGCCACACGCCAAGAUCAUCCAUAUUGACUUUAGUGAAGCUCUGAAGCUGCCCGGUGUGAUGGACGUGAUCAUUGCUAAAGACAUACCAGGCAAAAGGUUCAGAACCUUUACUGGAUAUGAAGAAGAACUGCUGGCUCAAGAUGAGGUGACCUGUAUUGGUCAGAUGGUUUGCGCUGUUGUCGCAGAUUCCAAAGCACACGCUAAACGUGGGGCAGCAGCAGUGAAGAUCAGCUAUGAAGAUCUGCAGGAUCGCAUCUUCACUGUGGAGGAGGCCAUCGAGAAAGAGUCUUUCUUCCUACCUAGGAGAACAAUUCAGCGAGGAGAUGUGGAAAAGGGUUUGAGAGAGGCCGAACAAGUGUAUGAAGGAGAGAUUCGGAUUGGAGGACAGGAGCACUUCUACUUGGAAACACAGAGUUUUCUGGUCAUUCCAGUUGGGGAAGAGAAGGAGAUGAAAGUUUAUUUGUCCACUCAGCACCCAGCGUAUACACAGGAGUCAGUAGCUGAGACGCUGGGAAUCCCGUCCAAUCGCGUUUCUUGUCACGUUAAGCGACUGGGCGGAGCCUUCGGAGGCAAGGUCACCAAAACUGCCAUUUUGGCCUCCAUCACUGCUGUCGCUGCUUGGAAGACUGGACGGCCAGUGCGAUGUGUUUUGGAGAGAGGAGAGGACAUGCUAAUUACUGGAGGACGCCACCCGGUGUGGGGAAGAUAUAAGGUAGGCUUUAUGAAAAACGGGAGGAUAACAGCAGCUGAUUUCCAGUACUAUGCCAACUCUGGAAACACAAUAGAUGAGUCCGUACUGGUCGCAGAGAAGAUCCUCCUGCAUCUCGAUAACGCCUAUAACAUUCCAAACCUGCGUGGCCGAUCAGCGGCCUGCAAGACCAACCUGCCCUCCAACACUGCAUUCAGAGGGUUUGGUGUGCCCCAGUGCAUGCUGGUCGUUGAGAGUAUGAUUGAUGAUGUUGCACUCAAACUCGGCCGUCUGCCUGAAGAGAUCAGGGAGAUAAACAUGUACAAGGAAGUGUCCCUCACUCACUACAAGAUGGAGUUUGACCCAGAGAAUCUCGUCCGCUGUUGGAACGAGUGUAUGGAAAAAGCUGACUUCAGGCAGCGCCGGCAGGCCAUUGAUCUCUUUAACCAGCAGAACCAUUUCAAAAAGAGAGGAAUCGCCAUUAUACCCAUCAAAUAUGGUAUUGGGUUUGCUGAGGGCUUCCUCAACCAGGCUGCCGCUCUUGUGCAUAUUUAUAAAGAUGGGUCUGUGCUAGCGAGCCACGGCGGGAUAGAAAUGGGCCAAGGUGUACACACUAAAAUCCAACAGGUGGCGAGUCGAGAGCUGAAUAUUCCUGCUUCCUUGAUCCACAUUUCUGAGACCAGCACACAAUGCGUCCCAAAUACCUGCCCGUCUGCUGCGUCCUUUGGUACCGACGCUAAUGGAAUGGCUGUAAAGGAUGCCUGCCAAAUACUCUACAACAGACUAGAACCAAUCAGAAAGAAGAAUCCCAAAGGAACAUGGCAGAACUGGAUAACAACAGCAUUUUUGGAGAAGAUCAGUCUGUCAGCCACAGGAUACUACAGAGGUCAUGAUCUAGACAUGGACUGGGAGAAGCAGGAAGGCAAGCCAUACGCCUACUUCACAUAUGCGGUGGGCUGCAGUGAGAUUGAGCUGGACUGUUUGACCGGGGAGUACAGGACCUUGAGGACGGAUAUUGUUGCUGAUAUUGGCAGAAGUAUAAAUCCAUCCAUUGACAUUGGACAGAUUGAGGGAGCGUUCAUGCAGGGUCUGGGUCUCUACACCAUGGAAGAGCUCAAGUUUUCUCCUUCUGGUCUUCUGUACACACGUGGACCAGGCCAGUACAAGAUCCCGUCCUUCUGUGAUGUCCCUCUGAAGUUUAACGUCUACCUUUUAGCCGGCACAUCCAACCCUCACGCCAUCUAUUCUUCAAAGGGGAUUGGAGAGCCGACAGUGUUUCUGGGCAGUUCUGUGUUCUUCGCUAUUAAAGACGCUGUGACUGCAGCCCGAAAAGAUGCAGGUUUAACUGGCCCGUUCCAGCUAAACAGCCCUGCAACCCCAGAGCGGGCAUGUCUGGCCUGUGCCACACACUUCACAAAGUUGGUUGCACAUAGUGGAUCAACUUCUGGACCAGCUCAGCCGUGGGCUCUGAACAUAUGAAAACAUCAUCAUAAUCCUGUUAUUAUGUUUUGUUCUGAUUUAACCUCUUAACUGUCACCGUCCACCCUGUGGGACGCCUACGUUUACUUCACUAUUUUACAAUUAAAUCCUAAUCUAAUCAUGACAAACUAUAUAUCGUUGGAAAGGUCUAAGACUCCUAAAUAGGUAUUUUACCACUUUUUUUGUUAAAAAAUUAUGUAGGAAAAGUAAUAGAUUAAUUUAUGACAAGAGUGCACCUGAAAAAUCUACAUCAUAAUAGGAGUUCUGACUUUUGUCAGAAUCACGCUUUAGAAAUCAUAAGAAAUUAUAUAUUAGUUGAAAACUUAAAAUCUCAAAAUUCAUCCUUUGAAACCCAUUUUAAAAUCAGACAUUGCAUUACCAUGGAAAUGGUACAUCAAAAUCAUGUUACAAAAUGUUUUCAUUCAUGAAUUAUAAAAAUUUAAGUUUUAAUAGUGCACUAUAAUGUCUAUGUUCAAAACUGUGAGUGACAGUUAAGGGGUUAAAGCUGUUGUGUGGCUCUUAUCAAAUCACAAGACAUUUAUUAUUUAAACACAACAGUCACCUGAUUUAACAUCCAACUAUUAUCAGCUGUUUGCCAAACGAUGAUCUACUAAACAAAUGAAUAUCUGCAUGCAAUCAUGUCUCUUGAACAAUUUAUAGUUAUUCAAGCUUAUCAUUAACAUCUUAAUUUCAUCUCACAUAAAUCACUUCACUUUGACACUUAGGAUUUGCUUUAACAUCUAUUAUAAUAAAUGUGAAUUAAAUUAAUCUACAUCCUACUAUUGACUAAGAAAGUUCCUUAUUGCUUUUAUGAAACAUUAACUGCAUAAUACAAAUGUUAGCCAGUUUAUGAGCUCAAAGUCUUUAUGAAAAGGAAGUGACAGCUUGUUUAAGUGAAGCAUUACAAAGUUUGAAUAAUCUGUUGUUUUUCUUCACACGUUGAUGGCCCAGGGUUUGGUUUUUACUUUUCUGUCUGGUGGAUUCUGUGUGAGGAAAAAUAAAAAAAAUGAGAAGACAAAAAGAGAAGAAAAAAGAAAUUGUAAAUUUGUUUUUUGGAGCCAAAAUCGAUAAAUCUGAAAUAAGGUAUAAUAAUAUAACAAAUAAAAUCAGACCUACAUGUAUUGUAGUGUUAUUAUAAUAUAUUAAAAACAAACAUUUUGAAUUUUUAAAUUAUGAAUAUGCAUUUACUGUAUUAACACUAUUCACCCACCAUCCUGGUAAAGCAGUCUUCACAGGCCAUUCGUAUCUUUUCCGCAGUAGCAGGAGAAGAAAAAGGAAAACUCUCGGUCAGGCCUCUCUCUUUCCGUGCGGCUGUGAUCGCUUCUUUAAUGGCAAAGAACAAAGUGCAGCCGAAAAACACAGGAGGCUCCCCGAUCCCCUAAAAACAACCAAAAAAAUACAAUACCUUCGUAACCAAUAUUUCAACAAAUAAUAAAAUUCCACUGUGCAUAAAUAUCCUAUUUUAUUCAGAAUGUCAGAUUACUGAAGUAGAAGAGGUUGCAAACGUUGUUUAGUGUGCUCAAAUGAUUGAAGUCUGCUGUGAACCUGCCUGACCUGAAGAGUUUUGCAAUCAUAGAAGCCUAGACGUAACUUUUGGUGAUUGUUAUGUCUGCAAUUAUCAAUGAAUGGUCAAUCUUACUAUUUAUUUGCACAGCUUUGAUUUGGUUUCAACUUCUUGUGUUGACAUUCAGGUUUUUUUUGUCUUACCUUUGAGGAGUAGAUGGCAUGAGGAUUUUCUGCGUUCCUCAACAGAUGGACAUUAAGCUGAGGAGGGACGUCACACAGAGCUGGGAUUUUAUACUGAGAGGGACCCCUGGUCAACAACACACCCUCAGGAGAAAACUGUAACUCCUCUAUAGUAUAGAGCCCAAUUCCCUGGACAAAACCACCCUCCACCUGUAAACGCACACAUUUAUUAACUGUAGUUAUUAUUAUUAUGUGAGUAUAGGAGAGCAUAAGUCUAAAUGGACGUCCAUGACAUGCGGAGUCCCACAAGGCUCAAUUCUUGCACCGCUCUAGUUUUUUUUUUCAUUUUCUAUUCUUAACUGUUUUAAAUUCAUUUUAAAUCAAUUUUUAUAUAAUAUUAAAAGUUUAAACAAUGCUAAAGUAAGUGCUGUGAUGGUAAAGAGAAUGUGGGCAAAGAAAGACAAGUGUGUUGGUUAAUCAGUUGAAAGUAGGACCUCUGAGUUCUAUUUGUUUGGUUUAUGAUGGUCAAAGUAUGUAGGGGUGAAGUACUGGAAUAGUUAGGUGUUUUGGAAGGUUUUUUCACUUAGUGCGGAAGAGUUUGAACAAAGCUUGAGAAUGUUUGUUUUUAAAUUCCUUGUUUUUAUCGUUGUGAUUAUUAUUAUUAUUUUUAAUGACUAUUUUACUUACUUUUAUGUAAAGCACUUUUAAUUACCACUGUGUAUGAAAUGUGCUAUAUAAAUAAACUUGCCUUGCCUUG